AUGCAGGAGCGGAAGCUUAACCUUGUGUUGAUCAACUGCGGGACAAACGACGCCGACGUUGGCAACAAUCAGGACAUUCCUGGCACUAGGCGCCGGAUGGAGGAUGUGCUCGAGUUUCUUUAUUCAAACAUGACCGACGUCACAAUCAUCCUCUCAACACUCAUACCGCACAAAGAUACAGCUAAUGCGAACGUCACCCUUAUCAUUCAUUAG